UGUUGUUGUUGUAGAAUGUCAAACAUGAACCUUAGUGAGAUAUUACACAUAGAAUUGAGAUUUAAAAGCUGACAAGACAUUAUAACGUAAACGCGACAUGGAGCGAAGAGAAUUCACGGCAUCUCUCGUGGCAGGAGGCUGUGCGGGGAUGUGUGUAGACCUCACGCUCUUUCCUCUGGACACAAUAAAGACCAGGUUACAGAGUCAGCAGGGUUUCUACAAGGCCGGAGGCUUUAGGGGCAUAUAUGCAGGGGUUCCAUCAGCUGCUAUUGGAUCCUUCCCAAAUGCUGCGGCAUUCUUCGUCACUUAUGACACCACCAAGACUCUCCUGAGAGACUACGCCUCCACACGUAUGGCACCCGUGACUCAUAUGCUUGCCGCCUCCCUGGGAGAAAUUGGGGCUUGUCUGAUCCGAGUGCCCACAGAAGUGGUGAAGCAAAGAACGCAGGCUUCCCCGUCCCUCACCACUUACCAGGUUCUCCUCGCAACUCUCCGAGAAGAGGGACUGAGGGGCCUGUACAGGGGUUACAGUAGCACAGUGCUCAGAGAGAUCCCGUUCUCUCUGGUGCAGUUUCCACUUUGGGAGUAUUUGAAGAGUCUGUGGUCAUGGAAGCAAGGUCACACACUGUAUUCUUGGCAAGCUGCAGUGUGCGGAGCUUUUGCAGGUGGGGUAGCUGCAUUCAUCACCACGCCACUGGAUGUUGCGAAGACCAGAAUAAUGUUGGCGAAGGCCGGGACAAGCACAGCCAGUGGAAACAUUCCCUUGGUGUUGCAUGAGGUGUGGAAAAGCCGGGGUUUGUUAGGGUUGUUUGCAGGUAGUAUUCCCAGAAUAACCUCCAUCAGUUUGGGGGGCUUUAUUUUCCUGGGAGCGUACGAGAAGGUGCGACGGAUGCUCCUGUAGAGUCGCC